AGUGAUUUGCCCAAGUCGGGGGCCCGUGACCUUCGAGAGAAACUCGAACCUCUGCCACCUGACAGGUACCAGUAACAACGACAACCUGUGCCACUACACGGGCGUAGAGCCCAAACUCCCGACCUUUAGCUACCCUCAGUAUGACGAGGAGGUGAUCUGUCCUCCCAGUAGAUUCCUACCGCCGAGAAAACUUCCAGCAGAACUGCGAAGAUUUAACGAAAAGUUCGAGAAACGUCGCAAAACGAUAUUCUGCUGUCAGCCCCACCUGCCGCCAGCCUACCGCCCGGUGUUGACGGUCCCGCCAGCGGAGUUCUGGACUCACGUUGACCUCUGCAACCCCUGGCAUUUCUUUGACAGAUCUGCAUGCUGCAACAAACCCCGACCUUAUAACUGGGUCAACGACAGCUGUCCGACUCCCUAUUGCAGACCUGGAGGAAAAGCCACUCCGCCCUACGUCAUACCGUAUCCGAGCUUGGGUCUUUACUUUCCUCCCUGCGAUUUCUUCAGGGUUCAUUGCUGA